AUGCCUCUGAAACGAACAGAAACACCUGUAUUAACUGUGCUUCCGGAAAGCGUGCCGAAGAUCUUUGAACAGGCACAAGUAUCCACCGCCAACCAUCAGAAGAACUUUGUUGCCUUGAACAAACUCCAUAGCGCAGCAGCAGCAGUUACUGCUCCGUUACAAAAUGGGAUCGAUGUACAGCUCACAGGGGAGAAAGCUUUCGAGGAUCUGUUCAUCGAUAUGGUUAUACGUGUGCUACCUUUGAAGAAGGGUGCGAGUGUUGUUGAUCGGAUCGUCAAGUUCGUGGCUGGUUAUGUCAAGUUCAUCAGCGAAAAGGAGAAACAAGCGGCUGAGAAUGGUGAAGAUGGAGACGAGACUCCAACUUCACGUUUCGUGACCCGGCUUGUUAAAUAUUUACUCAAGGGUUUUGAGGCCAAAGAUAAGAACGUUCGAUUCCGUGUCCUCCAAAUUGUGGCAGAGAUCGUCUCAGGCUUGACAGAGAUAGACGACGAAAUGCUCAAACUUCUUCGUCCCGCUCUUGUGGAUCGUGCCCACGACAAAGAGACAGCCGUUCGCACACAAGCGAUAAUUGCUCUUGCAAAUCUUAUCGAUACAAACAAGGAUGAUGACAAUCAGGAAGAAAUUAUAGAAGUUUUAUUGGAUUCACUUGCUCAUGACCCAGCAUCAGAAGUUCGAAAAGCAGCUCUACAGCGACUUCCUCUCACAUCAACUACCUUACCAGUUAUCAUCAAGCGCUCUCGCGACAUCGACUCCAAUAUCCGAAGACUUGUUUACAGCCCCGUACUUGAGCAACUCGAGAGCCCAAAGCAGCUUACCAUUUCGCAACGCGAACUUCUCGUACUGGCAGGUUUGAAGGACCGCGAACCCACUGUCUGCUCAGCAGCAGCAAAACUCGUUGGAACCUGGGCUGAUCUAGUACCAGAUGUUGUAUCCUUCGUCCAACUUUUCGAUUUCGAGCUAUCGGUGGAGACAAGCGAUGAUAACCCAGCGCGAGAAGCGCUCAUGGUGUUGUUCAGAACGCGUAAAGACAUUCUCGACAACCUCGAUUUCGGCGAAGCGUAUUGGCAGGACCUUACCCCAGCAAAAGCGUUCUUAGCGCGCGUAUUCGCCGACUGUUGCAUCAAAGCUGGAGACGAUGCACGAAUUGAAGCGAACAUGCCUGUUAUGACUGCUCUUGCAUUCAAAAUUCAGGAGCUUUACAACGCACUAAUGAAUCGUGCAGAGAGUGAACAGGAGGACAAGGUCUUUGGUACGCACCAUGAUUCUGAGGAGGACAGUACGAGACAAGCGGAGGUGACCCGAAAGCAGUUUGUGAUUGGUGAAUUGAUGAAAUUGUCGCUGAAUUUGGAUUAUGCGGAUGAGAUUGGACGAAGGAAGAUGUUUGCGCUAGUUCGGUACAUGAUUUCACAAGAUACACUUCCCGACAGCCUCGUGCCUCUAAGCCUCGACAUCCUACGAAAGUUAUCUUCCGAUGAACAUGAUCUGAUCCGUAUAGUGGUUGAGGUUAUCCAUGACUUAAGAGAUACUGAGGUGGAUGACGAUGACCUUAGUCGAGAUCGAAGCAUGAGCGUCGACGAGACACCCAUGCCGGCACGAACGCCUGGACGUCCACGUAAGCCACCUGCGGAGAUGACGCCAGAAGAACGUGAACGUGCAGAUGUCAUUGACUUGCGCUGCCUUGUGCUUUGUAUUGGGAUGUUGGAGCGCGUUAACAGCUCGUUCGAAAGAAACUCGACUCUUGAGGGUAUACUCGGCGAGCUGAUCUUACCAGCUGUCAAGCGAAAGGAAUUACUGCUUAGAGAAAGGGGGUUUGUGUGUCUUGGGUUAUGUUGUCUCAUAGCUCGCGGCAUGGCAUUAAACUCCUUCCCGCUCUUCCUUCAACAAGUUCAACCAUCCCCGGAACCGUUGAAACUUCGCAUAUUGCAGAUUGUGUUUGAUAUUUUGAUGGUGUAUGAGGGUGAUUUCCUUAGGAAUACUAGUAUUGGGGGUGAUCGAGUUGUGGAGUUCCUUAUGAGACUUUUUGAGAGUACGGAAUCAUAUGCUGUACAAGCGUUGUUGUGUAAGGGGCUUGCGAAGCUAAUGAUGUCUGGGAUGGUUACGGACGAAAAGGUGUUACAAAGCCUGAUACUUGCAUACUUGUCUCCGGACACAGUGGACAACCAGGACGUACGACAAUGUUUGUCGUAUUUCUUCCCAGCCUAUUGUUAUUCUUCGUCGCCGAAUCAACGACGGAUGCAGAAGAUUUUCUUGUCAACGUUCGCAGAACUCUCGCAGAUGCAUCGUGAUCUUGAUGAGGAUGAGGAAAUGGUUAGCCCGUUACAGGCUGCUUCGUUGCUUGUUGAUUGGAUGGACCCUCAGAAAGCUUUGGAAGUGGAUGGUCGGCAAACAGACUGGCAUGUUCAUUACGACUUGGCUACAGACAUUGUGAAGGUUCUCUGCAGCAAAGACUUCAAACGGGAUGACAGGAAGGUCCUGUGCCAACUUCUCGGCAAGCUGUAUCUUCCAGAUGAAGUUGAUGAUGACAAGAUCCGAACGCUCAAGCUCCUCAUAAGCAACAUUCGCUCUCGUCGACCACCAAAAGAUGCCACAAGUAGCAACGCCCUCUCUCGUUUCGAAAAAGCGAUUUCAAGUAAAUACGAAACUCAGCUUGCGAGCUUUAACGAAGAAGAGUAUAAGCAGCUUGAAGAGCUGAAAGAGUUGUUUGAGUUUUUGGAUGAUAUUAUACCGGAGGAGGAGGAGGAAGAGGAGAAGCCGAAACGUGGGGCUAGGAAACGGCGCUCUGAGAGUAUCGUUUCGACUACUACUGACGGUGCGGACGAGGAUGAUUACAGAGGUACUUCGGAGCCGAAACCGGCGAGUAAAGGGAGAGGGAAAGCUAAGAAACGACGAGUCUCUAACUCUGACGCAGAGACUUCUGAUGCUGGGACUCCUGUUGGACCUACGCGGACGUUGCCGAAGAGAGCUGCGAGGAAGGCGCCUCUUGUGGUUGAGCCGCUUCCAGAUAGCGAAGAGGAAGAGCUCGAGUCGUCCGUGCCUCCGGGAAGUGAUACAGAGACGGAAGGGGCGACACCUGCGCCGGAGCCUACGCCGAAGUCGAAAUCUAGAGGAUCGUUCUUGAGAAGACGCUCACUACAUGCGUCUCUUAAUCUUAAUGUUAACGAUGAUGAUGACUUACCGGACGAGCCAACUGUAGAGUUUGAUUCGAUUAUGGACACGACUGUUGAGGCGAGGGAUGCGGAGGAUGAUGAUGAUGAGGUGGAUAAUUUGCUUGAUGGGCUUUAAUCUAUCUUCUCUUUUUCGUAGGUUUUGAUUAGGAUAUGCUUUUGGUUGAGCACAGAAGAUUAUUUGUAUACACAUUUGUAGAUGUAUCGGAGUUUGUG